AAAAAAAAGAAAAAGAAAAAGAAAGUGAUCCAAGAAGUAUCGUCCCCGUGGUGGACGAUAAAUGGGCUCUUCAACUGUAGCCUCGGGGGAGGAGCAAGGGGCCAAUACUUGAGGUUUGUGUCAUUGCCAUGACCUGUGUUUUCUGGGUUCAGUCAACAGCCAGAUGCUGCGUUCCUUUCGCUAAUCACGCACUGUGGCUGAAUCAAUUUGCCUUGUAGUCGUCGCCUUGCUUAAUCUCAGCUUGGGAUUCUAUAACUGGGUAAGAGGGUCUUCGAUCCGUUAAGUAACCAGGCUUGAUUUUGCUCGGGAAAAAAACUCCAGAGCUGUUGCUUAGCUGAAAUGAAAGAAACGUGUAUAGGGUGUAGUAAAUGGGCAGAGGACAUGUAUUGGACCCAUUUCCAAACUAUCCACUUCUCUCAGUUUCUCCACAAUGGUUAUGAGCGGCAGCUUGCCAUCCCCAAAAAAUUCGUUGAUAAUCUGAAAAAGAAACUGCCUGAAAGUGUGGUUCUUAAAGGUCCUAGUGGUUUAACCUGGAAUGUAGGAUUAACCAGUAAUGAUGAUACCUUGUUCUUCAACCAUGGCUGGCAAGAAUUUGUCAAGGAUCAUUCAUUGGAAGAGAAUGAUUUCUUGAUUUUUAAGUACAAUGGUGGUUCCCAGUUUGAUGUUUUGGUUUUUGAUGGGGAGAACUUGUGUGAGAAGGGGGCUACUUACUUUGUUAGAAAAUCUGAGCAUGCUGAGCAUGACAAUGGAUGCCUAUCUAAGAGAAAACUUGGGGAAGCUUCGAUUGAUGAAGUUCAUACCAGAUGCAGUUCACCGGAGAAAGUUAUAGAUGAUGAUGCUGUCCUUAUCCCAUCACUGCAACAUAUAAUCUCUGUGGCUACUAAUAUAGGGGCUCAACAGCAAACAACUCCCGCAAGACCAAUUCGUGCUCGGCGGAAUCUUGGGAGCAAAAAUCCUACUACUUAUCAAGAGGGAGCUGUGAGUGAUUCAGAUGCUGAACUUACACCCAUCAAUAAGAGCGGGUCAUAUCGUCAGCAAUAUCAGUCAAAUAGAAGGCCAAUAACUCAAGAUGAGAUAAAGAAUGCCUUGCACUUGGCCCAAGAAGCAUCAAGUGAUGAGACUUUCCUAGUAGUCAUGCGACCCACACAUGUAUACAAGAGAUUCUUUGUGUCAAUCCCUUCUGAUUGGAUGUCGAAGAAUCUCUCGAAGGAAAACCAAGAAAUCAUUCUGCGUGUCGAAGAUAAUACAUGGCAAACCAAGUAUUACUUUCAUCAAGGUCGUGGCUAUGGAGGGAUUACUGGUGGGUGGAAACAAUUUGCUUAUGACAACAACUUGGAAGAAUUUGAUGUCUGCCUGUUCAAGCCUGCUGGUCACAUGAAUUACUCCAUUAUUCUGGAUGUUAGCAUUUUCCGGGUUGUCCAUGAGUUAACUCCUCUUACUCAACUGUCUUCUGCAACAGCAACACCAAAGAAGAGGGGCAGAAAAAAAUUAAUCUAGGGCACCUAAGCACAAGGUUGUGAUUACUUUAAGAUUUUCUGCCCAGCUGCAGUUUAGACUUCGUAUGUGUCUCUGCGGAUUUAACUUUAUGUUAACUUGUCCUUUUAGCACUAAACUUGUUUCCAGACUACUACUUAAAUGUUAGUAUGGUUGUAAAUGUUGAUCCGGUUGCUUCAAGGGGGCUUUGGUGAUUGUUUAUAUAUCUAGUGGAAUGGUAUCUGCCUACCAUGUCUAGAAGAGUUCAAACGCAUCUCCACCCCCUUUCGUUAACCGUGAUCAACAACUAACAGAUAUUUUUAGAGGCUCGGUUUUUAGAGAUUGACCAUGGUUUAUCUAGAUAUUGGUUCUUCUUGGUA